AUGGCAGAUUUUCUUGGCAGUUUCAACUUUGGAACCGACGACGACGUUGCGCCAAACAACGGCGCGUGCUCAUCGCUUGACGACCUCCGGGGUCGGCUCCGCGCGCUCAUCGACUCCAAGACGACAGACACCCGAGCCGAACAUGUUAACGCGACGCUGGAUGUUGCCGGUGCCGCAGAGUUCAUGGUGAAUCUGACUCAGGGGGACAAGGAUGACACGAACAACGUUGACCCAUUGCUUGCGGAGGAUGGAGUGGAUGGCAAUACGAGGAGUGAGGGCCAGGCGCGCGUGUACACAGCCAUGGAUGUGCUGAGAGACCAGCCCAACCAAGCCCCUCUGGUUCAGAAGGCUGUGGCCGAACAGAUUGCCAUGGCAGCUAGUGUCGAGGACAAGAGUGUUUGGGCGCUGCAAAACUCCGAAUUUGCCGCCCAUGGGUGGGAUUUCACCUUUAUAUGUGAACAGUCGGUUGAGCACUGGAAAGCGCACAACGAGGGCAAGACCCGGUCCAUUGUAGGCGAGUAUAGCAAAAAGGAACCUGAUCCGGUCUUGAUGAGUCGACCCGCGUUUGACUGCAGAGGACGGCUGCUCAUCACCUUUCCAAGGAAAGCCCGUGCAAUAUCCGUCAAGUACAACCAAACAGUCAUGCACAAAACCGUCGCUGAACUCACGGAACUGCUGAAACCUCCGCCUAUGAUUGGGCCUCAGAAGCCAGAUAGAAAAAAGCUAGCAAAGGCUGCCAAAUUGGCGCAGGAAGAAGCCGCCAAGGUCAGAAGAAAGAAGAACAGAGAGCUACAACGGGCGCAAAACGGCGAGCCUAAUGGGCAGAAAAGGAAGAGGAAGAAAAAAGGAGCCGAACAGACGCAGCAAGAACAUUUGUCGUUGAUGCAUCAAGCUACUCAGGCCUUGGACCAUGCCGGCAUGUCUCAGCUUAGUGAAGCUAAUGCCGCCAUGGACAUUGAUGCGAAUGAACAUGGUUCUGCCGCAGGGCGUGGUUCCGCACACGAGCAAGCGCAUUCUGCUUCCAAGCCGUUGGCUCUCAAUCUUACUCCGGAGGAGGCAGCGCGACGAAAAGACGUCGCGACCAAGCUGUUGAAUGAGGCGGGAGUCAGUCCUGACUCGCUCUCCAGCGACCAGUUCAACAUCUUUGCAAAUCAGGCACCAGACCUUCAGAAGGAAUCGCUCAACAUGUUGGUCACGUAUGGAGCGGAACGACUGCAGAUUAUCCAUCCCAGCAAUAAGGAAAGCUCCGCUCCAGUGCCACCCUCCAGUGCUUCCGCGUCAGGCGAGGGGGAAGACUCUGGUGCAAGAACGACAACGAGAGAACUUGUACUGGAAGAAUCAACCCCAAAGGGCAUGGGGAAGAGAAGCUCAAGACCACUUGGGAAGUCGCGCCUUGCUUGCUUUCAAUGCAAGAGCCGCAGGGUCAAGUGUCCAAAGGAGAGACCGACUUGCACAGAGUGCCAAAACGGCCAGCUUCAAUGCGAGUACCCGCCUCAGCGACCAAGAAGGCGAAAGACGAAGCCUGAUGCUCAAGCGGGCGAUGAUGCCGAGGCCGACGUUGAUGCUGAUGCUGAAGGUGACGAUACUGAGAAAGAAUGCGAUGAGACGGUAAUGCACGAAGCAAACGCGGAUAUUACUCUUGGAAGAGAUGAAACUACAAAUACGGAACAACAAGAAGCGCCCCAGGACGACAAUGACUUUAGCUCCGAUCAUGGUGCGCCUUACUCGUAUCCUCAAAUCCCCGCGCCGGACCCGGUCCGGGAUUCUGUCCACGAUCCUGUCCAUGGCCUCCAUCAACAGCCGACACAACUUCCUUACUUCCAGUCCGCAUUGGGACUGGCACUUCCACAACCGGAUCCUUUGGAUGACCCGCCGAGGGCUCAGCUAAAUAAUGGAAUGAGCUUGUCGGGAGGCAGCGUAUAUUACUCGGCAUAUCCGCCGCCAGAACCUGCUCCUGCAACAGAAUCACACCACGAGCCUGAAGAGCGGCGGCCCGCUGAAGCAAAUAUGAGCACCUCGAAUCACAGAAGACAAGCUUCAAAUAAUACCCCGACAAGCACCAAUGCCCCGACAUCAAGUUGGACUCAGCACAAUAAUGAUUUGCUAAGAACUGCAGGCCGUCAAGUAUCACCCCUGCUGCAACACGGCCAUGCAGUUUCUCAGAGCCCCGACCUCGCGCCAGCGGCUCCCCAGGUCAACAUGGAAGACGCCGCGCUCUUGACCCAUGCUGCUUCUCAUAAUCAGUCAUACGCACCCAAUUCCAGCAUCAAGAUACACCGACCGACGCCGCCACAGCAGAAGUCUCCGUUUCAACCUGCGUACAACUCGCGCUCCACGUCGCAGCAAAGCCAUCAACCGUCUAGCAUGACACCGCAGCCCAGGACGAGUGCAUUCCAAGCACCGCCAGCACCCUCAGCACCGCCAGCACCAUCGGCACCGCCAGUACCAGACACACAUUUGAAUAUCCGAUAUAACAAUAUGCAGACACGGUCUUCACUGGGCGGCCUGGCAACAGCGCGAUAUGAGAGCAGUGACGUGGCUGACUCUUCCAGCAAGAUUGGCUACAAGCCUUACUCGUAUCAGAAGAGCUCUUCGGGCGCAGGCUCAAGCAACCACGGUUACCCGACGCUGUCGUAUAAUCCGACAAUGACGUCUUCGGGAAUACACGGGUCGCUGGCUGCAUAUGCCGGGCUGCGGCCUGAACAGGGGACUCUGGGCGAUAGGCAGAACCACCGGCAGAACCAUCGAAGUCAUCAGCAAAACCAUCAGCAGCAAAACCACCAGCAAAACCACCAGCAGAACCAUCAGCAAAACCACCAGCAGAACCGUCAGCAAAACCAUCAGCACAGCCAACACGGCCAACAGUCACAGAAUUGGCAGUAUGGGAACCAGGGGAAUGGAUAUGGACAGAGUCAGGGGCACGGGUAUAGCUGGGGGAUGGGGGAAGGAUGGAACCAAGGGCACUAG